AUGCGCUUGAAAACUGCCGUUAGCGUUUCUUCUGGAGCGAAGAUCAUGUUUGUGGAAGUCACUGGUGAUGCCGUGCUGUACCCACGACGGGCUGUAUUAUCUUACAUUGCUUCUUGCGAGCCCCACGGUAUGCAGUUUGAUAUUUGCCCGCCCUUACUCUCCGAGAAACACACAUGUGCCCUGGAUGUUGUUGGGUUGCUCCGGGGCGUAAUAUGCAUAUCGUCUUUAACCCUGGGAAUGCGCAGUGUGGCGGGCUGCAUGAGAGUUAGCAAACCACACCUUACUCGCCAGCAAAGCUAUGUUUUCUUUCCUUUUUGUUUUAUUCCCACUUCUUCAGUGCCGUUUGUUGCUGGUCGAUAUUCCGCCGUAAUUAAAGAGAAAAUGAUUCGUAUGCACGGUAAACACUACUUUUGUAUAAAAGUGCCAGUGUUGCGCCUUACAGCUUUCCAAGGCGUGCAGGGCGGGGGGGGCAGGGUGUUAUUCGAGGUCACUUGA